CUCUGCUCGGGGGUGAAGCUGAAUGUCUUCGUUGGGUCUGCCUUGAUGAGGGGCUACACCGACUUGGGCAGCUGCGGGAGCUUGGAUCGCGUGUUCUCUGAGAUUUUCUCCUAGAGAGACGUCGCCCCAUGGAACGUGUUGAUCUUGGGUUAUAUGGAGUUCGGGCUCGUGAGUAAAGCUCAAGAAGUGUUUGAUCUGAUGAUGCCCGAGAAGAACUUUGUCACGUGGAGCACCUUGGUUAACGGGUAUGUCAAAAACAAGGAUCUUGGUAGAGCGCGGCUCGUGUUUGAUAAAAUGGGAGAGAAAGAUGUGGUCACGUGGACGACAAUGGUGAAGGGGUAUGUUCAGGAAGGAGACUUAGCCGAGGCGUUGGACUUGUUCCUCUUGAUGUUGGCCUCUUCAACCCGUCCUAACCAGUUCACGUUUUCCAGCAUCUUAGAUGCGUGCGCGGGUUGCUCUUCUCUUUCCACGGGCAUUCAGGUGCACGCGUGGGUUCUCAAGAUGGGAAUCCCUCUUGAUGUCAUUCUCUCAACCUCACUUGUUGACAUGUACGCGAAAUGUGGCGACAUUGAAUCCGCUUUCAGGGUGUUUGACGCCAUGCAGAGGAAGAACUUGGUUUCGUGGAAUUCGAUCAUCGGGGGAUUCGCCAAACACGGCCUUGGAAAGAGGGCGAUCAAGGAGUUCGAGAGGAUGCUCCAGAGCGGGAUGAAGCCCGACGAGAUAACCUUCAUCAACGCGCUCUCAGCUUGCGUUCACGGAGGAAUGGUCGAAGAAGGGGAGAGGAUUUUCAAGUCCAUGGCGAGGGAGCACAAGGUCGAAGCAGAGAUGGAGCAUUACGCGUGCAUGGUGGAUAUGUACGGAAGGGCGGGGGAGCUUGAUAAAGCGGGGGCUUUGAUAAAAGAGGGGAUGCCUUUUGAGGCAGACGUGGUCGUGUGGGGUGCGUUCCUUGAGGGAUGUGGCCUGCACUCUUGCCCCAAGGGGCGAGAGGUUGCAGCGAAGCAAAUGAUCAAAUUAGAAAGAGAUCACCCGGCAGCCCACUCGGCUUUGUCGUUGUCUACGAACAUACUCCCCAUUGGUGAAAAGGGGGAAAUCGAAGCUUGGCGUGCCAAAAAGCAAAAGGCCGGUAGUUGGGUUGAACUCUAGCUAGCUGUUAUUUGCCCCUCGGGGGACACAUAAAAGUAGGGUCCUGGAGAGUGAGCAGUGCUUCAUCUUGUGGAUGCAAUUAAAAGGGUGGGGUGUAUUCGGAGCGGGGCGGGACUAGGGGUUUACCGAGAGUUAGGUGGGGUUAAGAAUCGUCAAUUUUACGAACGAUACACCGGAGCAUCCCUGGAUCACCCAUGACAUUGUUUAUCAUGGAAACCGUAUAAAAAAAGGUAUAAUAAUUUGUAUAAAUUCGG